AUGGUUGACAAAUUGCAUGAAUACCAAGGAUUUACUGGUCGAGUCCAUGGAAUACGUGAUAAAGUGAAAGAAAAAUGGGACUCUUGGAAAGAAUGGAAAAAUGCGAUUCCCACAGAUCAGGGUGUAGCAGGAAUUGUGAGUCAUCUGCGAGGACCACCGAAACUCGAAAGAACUCUUGAUGAUUAUUCGCAUAUUUACAGGAGGAAAACUCGAGGAGAAUUGGUGAGAGUGUCUUCGGCAGUGAUGGGCAUCGAAUUUUCGUAUGCAGCAGAAACAGCUUUUGUAUCACCCACUUUAUUGAAAAUCGGUGUAGAUCAUCAGCACAUGACCUUGGUAUGGGCGUUAAGUCCACUUGUGGGCUUCUUCGUGACCCCAAUUCUUGGGAGCGUCAGCGAUCGUUGCAGAUUAAAGUACGGUCGAAGGAGGCCCUUUAUAUGUUUGCUUGCAAUUGGUGUCUUUUUGGGAUUGAUCCUUGUGCCAAAUGGAGAAGGCAUUGGUUAUGCUUUUGGAGACGGACCAAAAAUGUUGUCUCCUAAUCAAUCGGUUCCUCUAGGACACAGAACGACAGCCAUAGACUCUGAAGGUGGAAAUCCACCUGCAGUCGUCUCUUCCCACCCAUGGGGAAUAUUUUUUACUAUUUUGGGAACUGUUUUGCUCGAUUUUGAUGCAGAUGCUUGUCAGAGUCCUGCGAGAGCUUAUCUUCUAGAUGUCACUGUUCCAGAGGACCAUGCUAGAGGAUUGAGCACCUUCACAAUCAUGGCAGGCUUGGGCGGUUUUAUGGGAUAUGGUUUAGGUGGAAUCAACUGGGAUGCAACUACAAUUGGUGUGGCACUUGGAGGGCAUGUACAUGCCACUUUCACGCUUAUUACUAUAAUUUUUAUCAUUUGUGUGUCAUGUACUAUUACGAGUUUUAAAGAAAUACCACUUGAGCUUUUGGAAAGUGAUCAGGGUCAGAAAUUUCAUGAACAGAAGUUGAAUGAAGCUCGUGAGGCAAAUGAGUAUGAAAAAAUAACAACCGAAGAAAAUACUUCAUAUGGCACAUUAGGUGGAGAUCCUUCAUCUAACACUGGCAAAUCAGAUGAUUUUGCGCUCGAGCCUCUUCAAGUGGAAGAGGUCAGCAAAAGGGCAGGUACUGUACCAAUGAUACCAGAAGUGCAUCAAAGUGAAGUAAAUUUCCCACCUGUGUUGGAAGGAAACCCAGAAGAAAACCCAAAAGUUCCACUAAAGGAAUAUCUUCAGUCAAUUUUAUACAUGCCUCGCAGUUUACGAAUGGUUUGUUUAACGAAUCUUUUCUGCUGGAUGGCUCAUGUCUGCUAUUCUUUAUACUUUACGGAUUUCGUUGGUGAAGCUGUUUUUGGAGGAGAUCCACGGGCACCUGAAGGAAGUGUUGGAAGAGAUUUAUACGAAUCUGGUGUUCGAUUUGGAUGCUGGGGAAUGUCGAUGUAUUCUCUAUCGUGUGCCUGUUAUUCACUUAUCAUAGAGAAGCUAAUUCAACGAUACAAGGCUCGCAGAGUUUAUAUUUGCGGAUUACUUUUCUACAGCACUGGAAUGAUGUUCAUGGCUCUGACAAAACACCCUGUGGGUGUAAUCGUUUUUUCAUGGGCAGCUGGUGUCAUGUACUCUACAUUAUUCACCAUGCCAUAUUUAUUAGUCGCACAUUAUCAUGCGUCUUCCACGUUUGCUGUGUCUGCGGAAGGUGAGGCGAUACAAAGUGGUGGAGUUCGUGGACUAGGAACAGAUAUAGCAAUUGUUUCUUCAAUGGUAUUUUUAGCACAGUUUUUACUUUCUUGUUGUUUGGGAACCAUUGUAAGUAUAUCUGGAACCACUACAGCUGUUGUUGGUGUUGCAAGCACAUUGGCGGCUUGUGGGGCAUUGGCAGCUACUCAAAUAAUGUACUUGGAUCUCUAAAUUAAAUGAUCUUUACUAACCAAAGAUCUCCAUUCUAGACAAACAGGAAAUUUUUUUAUAUUAUAAGAAAAAAAAGUAAUUCCUCUUUUCUUUGUAAUUUUAUCGCGAUUCAAUCUGCAAACAAAUUUGAAUUUUAAUUGAUUUAUCGAAGCGUAUGUCAGGAAGUUGUUCCAAGAAUAAUAGAGAUUGCAAAAUUCAAAAGAUUUAAUAAAAGUAUUAAAUUUCAAUUAUCCGAAAAACCUCGGGAUAUAGAAAAAUCAAAACAUUAGAUUUCCAAUUGUACAUUUUUUUAAUUGUAGAUACAUUGCACAAAUUUCUUCCCGUUGCAAGAAUAUUUUUGAUAAGGCAAGAAUACGCCUUAGAAAUAAUUUUAUGUCUGAAUGUGUAAAUAAUAAACGUUUCUCUUUAAUUUUCUCGUUGAACUAGUUUUUAAGAUAAGUAAUACCAAUUUAAUUUCAAAUCCUGCAAAAUUUUAAGAAAAGUCUAUGUCCUGAUGUCCAAAUGAUUUUUUAUUUCGAUGUAUCUUUCUAGAGUGAAAAUAAAGGGACACGUCUUCAGAGUUUAAACACAAAAUUUUGUUUUUAUUUUGUACGGGAUUUUGUUUUGUUCUAGGUAAACUAUUGUUGCCAAAUUAAAAACAUUUU